AUGACAAUAAAUACCGCAGAAAAUGGCUUGAACGGCCACCCAAUCGCCCCCACCACCGACGGCGACAUUGCACAGCCCGACAUCGCCGCCAUCCACCAGAGAUACCAGGAGGAGGCGCAAAAACGGCGGCGCGAGGACGGCGGCGAGCAGUACGUGGACCUCGAGGAGGACGAAGCGGCACGCAAGUCGUCGCGCCACCUCGCGCACCUGAUUGACGACCCGUGGGUCGACCACGAGGCGCUCAACGCGACGGCCCCGCCGCUCAAGGAUGGCGACGACGUCAAGUUCCUCGUCAUGGGUGCGGGCUUCUGCGGCCUCGUACACGCCGUGCGUCUGAUCGAGGCCGGGUUCUCGGCCGACGACGUUCGCCUGGUCGACGCGGCCGGCGACGUCGGCGGCACCUGGUACUGGAACAGGUACCCCGGCCUGCAGUGCGAUUCCGAAGCCAGCAUCUACCUGCCGCUGCUGGAGGAGACGGGAUACGUCCCGACGCACCGCUACUCGCGCGGCGAGGAGAUCCGGCUGCACGCCGUGCGCAUCGCUGAGAAGUGGGGGCUGAGGGACAGGGCGCUUUUCAGAACGGCCGCUACGAGCUUUGCCUGGGACGACGGCCGGAGGCGGUGGGUGGUGCGCUUGACGACCGACCGUGGGCCGGCAGCAGACCCCGUCGACCUCACCGUGACGGCCCAGUUCGUCGUGCUGGCCAACGGCGUCCUGUGCCACCCCAAGGUGCCCAAGCUCGAGGGGCUGGAGGACUUUGAGGGCCAGACGGUGCACACGGCCCGGUGGAAGUACGACGUCACGGGCGGUCAGCCGGGGGAUCCGUUCUGCGACAAGCUGCAGGGCAAGCGGGUGGGGUUCAUCGGCACGGGGGCCACCGGUGUGCAGUGCGCGUCGGCGCUGGCCAAGUGCGCCGGGGAGCUCUUUGUCUUUCAACGUACCCCGUCGGCCAUUCACGAACGGGGCCAGAAGGAGAUCGACCCCGAGGAGUGGAAGGAAAAGGUCGCCACGGGGCCUGGGUGGUGGACGGCACGCAAUGCCAAUUUCUCGGGCGUCAUGGCCCGCGAACCCGACAUGACAGAAGACCUGGUCGACGACGGCUGGACCAAACUGGACACGUAUAGGGUGACGACCGGCGGCCCUCAUGCCCAACACCCGCUGCCGCUGGAGAAGAUCCCCGAGUACGUCCAGAGCAUGAUGCUGCGCGACGUGCCGGUGUCGGAGCGGGCGAGGCAGCGGGUCGACCAGGUCGUGACCAAGAACAAGGAGACGGCCGAGGCGCUCAAGGCGUGGUAUCCCGUCUGGUGCAAGAGGCCGACGUUCCACGACGAGUACCUGCACAUCUUCAACCGGGACAACGUCACGCUCGUGCAGACCGAGGACCACGGGGUGCAAAAGGCAACCAGCAAGGGGCUGGUGGUUAACGGCAAGGAGUAUGAGCUCGACGUCCUAGUGUUCGGCACUGGGUUUCGGGCACCGUCCAAGGACUUUGGGGAGCCUAGCCGCAUGUCUAAUGCCACAAUCACCGGCAGCAGCGGCGUGACGCUCCGGCACAAGUGGCUCGAGUCGGAGACUGGGCCUCGAUCACUGCAUGGCCUGCUUACCAACGACUUCCCCAACCUGUUCUUGACCGGACCGAUGAUGACAGGCUCGUCAGCCAGCAUCACGUACUUGUUCGACGUCAUGGCCCGGCACGCGGCAUACAUCGUGGCCGAGGCGACGCGACGGGCAGGAGAUGCAGCAGCUGGCCGAUUGACAAUACAGCCGACGACCGAGGCCGAAGCCGCCUGGUUCAUGGAGCUCGCGGCGCGGGCAGCCUACGGGGCACCGCUCGCCACCUGUACGCCCGGCUACCUGAUGGACGAGGGAUCGCUGAACUUUACUCCAAAGAUGGCGGGCGCGACGACAUAUGCCCCUGGUAUGAAUGCCUAUGCCAAAGUUUUGGACGAGUGGAGGAGGAAGGGUGGGUUGGAGGGAUUGGAGAUUAAAGUCUAG